GUCCUCCCGCCUCGAGGUGGCGCCCACACACACAAAAUGGCGGCACAAGCACCAGGAGCCGACUGGCCCCUCUGACACCCAGCCGCCAUGUUGGUGAAGGCGGCCGCCCUGCCCGGUCUGUGGCGGCUGUGGGGACGUGGUGUGAAGGGGGCCGGCUCCUGGCGUUGUUUCCCGCUGUGCCGGGCGCUGCUGAGCGUGAGGGGCUCCGAAGCGGCCGCUUUCCUGCAGGGGCUGCUCACUAACGAUGUUACUCGGUUGGUGGCGGCGGGGGAUGGAGCUGAGGGGCCGGUGAGAGCGCUGUAUGCACAUGCGCUCAAUGUGCAGGGCCGAUGUCUGUACGACCUGAUCGUGUACAGGCUUCAUGAGGGUCAAGAAGAGCCGAAUAUCCUGCUGGAGUGUGACAGCAGCGUGUUGGAUGCCCUGCAGAGACACCUGAAGCUCUACAAGAUCAGGAGGAAGGUCAGCAUCAGCCCUUGCCUUGACCUGUCCCUGUGGGCCAUCAUCCCGGAGGAAAAGGUUGGGGACAGCAGCAGCUCCCUCACACAAUAUGCAAACCAGGCUCUGGUUUUAACUCCUGACCCCAGAGCAGAAGUCAUGGGCUGGAGACUGAUUAUAAAGGCAGGAGCAAAUCUACCAGAGAUUAUCCCUGGAAGCCGUGUUGAAGACAUUGGGGAUUACCACAGGCACAGGUAUAAGCAAGGAAUUCCUGAAGGUGUCAAAGAUCUCCCUCCUGGCGUAGCCCUCCCGCUGGAAUCCAACCUGGCCUACAUGAACGGAGUCAGCUUUACCAAAGGCUGUUACAUUGGGCAGGAGCUGACAGCCAGGACCCACCACGUGGGUGUCAUUCGCAAGCGUUUGGUGCCCGUGCAGUUUUCAGCUCCUCUUCCUCAGGAGAACAUUCCUGAGGGUGCUGAAAUCUUGACUGAAUCAGGAAAGUCAGCUGGCAAGUUCCGGGCUGGAGGAGAUGAACUUGGCAUAGCUUUGCUAAGGCUGGCUAAUAUAAAUGAACCACUCUGCCUAAAUGUAGCAGGUGAUAAAGUGAAACUCACUGCGAGUAUACCUGAGUGGUGGCCAAAGACUGCCAGCAAGUAAACGAGGAACCACCACUUGCACACUUGCCUUAUUGAGAAUAUAUUUGUUGUGACAGGGCUGGGCAGGUGACUGCCUUCUGUUUGUGGUGUUUGAUGGGGGUGUGUGUUAGAAUUCUAUAGGAUGGGCUUAAACUGCAGGAGUGCCAUCCAGCACCUAAUUGCUGUUGGAUGUUGUGGAGUGACCUUUUCAAGGCUGGGUAUGCAGGAGGCAGCCCCACUGUCAUUGGGGGUGCUGGGUUAGGCUGAGUUUCACCACUGUAAGCACUGAAACCUUGUGUUCAUGGCAUCCCAUCUGUGGUACUACGGGUUUUUAUUGGAGAGCAUGCUGCACUUACCUUGAAUCGGAUACAUUGCUAUCUGAACUCAGGCUGUUCUUUGCCAACUAUUUGUUGCGUUGAGCUUCUGUGGUUUCCCAACACUCUAACUGCUAAUUACAUUCAGGAAGAGGAAUCCCUCCUCCUGCUUUUGGAUCUGCUUUUAAUAUGUCACCCAUGAUGAGAAAUGUGGGAAGUCUCACAAAUGUCCCCAUCCAGUGCCCUGCUUCAGAGCCAGCAGAGGGAGUGCAGCCAGCAGCAGCCUGCAUUGAGCUCCUCUGCCCUUCUCACCUUGGUCACCUGUGCUUCAUUCACUCAAACAACAGUUUCAGAGAGGAAAGUGAUAUUUUACAGGAAUUAAGUGCUUUAGGGCACUCCCAGCCCUGACUAUUGUAUGGGUGCACUGGUCCUUGGCUGAGCAACCUGUUACUAUGUUUUCCCCACAGCUUUACUGAUUGAGUUACCAACAACACUUGAUGUCUUGGCAUCAGUUGGUUCCUGAUGCUGUUUUCUUCUGCCUUCCAGCUUGUUCCUGCUCCUGCAAUCACUGCAUCCCUCUCUGCUCCCCAAAGCCAGGCAGGUUCUGUGCUCACUAACCCUCUCAACCUGUGCUGAUUUAUAGGAGGCCAAUUUAUUUUUAUACUGCGAUAAACCCCUUGUGUUUAACCUGGUAAUGGCAUGGGUGGUGAGAAGGGGGUGAUGAGCGAGUGAGCAGGUGCAUUUUGUUACUGUGAAAAGGAAUUAUCUGUGAAAAAUGCUUUUAUUGUUUAAAACCCCUUUGGCUUGUUGUGAAAUGAAUCUGUGAAAUAUCUCAUUAAACGUCUAUUGGGUCAGUAAUUUAAAUGA